CCGGCAUCAUCGGAACACCCUCGUAGGAAGAGGAUGUGUGAUAAUCCAUCAGAGGUAUGGUAUCCGUUUCGAAGCUAAAGAAAGAAAAACCUCGCUUCAAUGAUCAAGAAUAAUAUGACUCCAAUGUGACUAUAAAGGGACGAGUCCAUCGCUCGUCUUGACCAGUCUAUCCUUCAUCAUCACCAUCAGCAACACUUCUUCUGUCUUUAUUUCAUUCUCUCCUCUUCUUCCUCUUCGUCAGCAUAUUAUUGUCUGGUAACAGUGACAACUAUAGCACAUCAUCACCAGAUUUCCUGUUCAACUUCUGUUUGCCUCUACUACAACACCAUUUUCGGUCCUUCCACCGUACAUCCCUAGCUCAACAAUGCCUUCAUUCGCCAAGACCGCUCUUUCGACCGUUGCCGCUGUCGCACUGGUCCAGUUUUGCCCGGCUCCAUUUCUAGCAGCCAUUCCAGCCGCCACAGUAGCUGGGAUCUCUGCUGCGUCUGCUGCGGUUAGCGCAGCUGGAGCAGUUGCCGGAGGGAAAGGCCGGGCCUGAGAUUAGCUUUCGAGAUGUUGGGUUGAAGUUUUAGUUUAUGUCGCUCGUUUAAGUCAGCUCUUGGAGAAUACAGGUUUAUUCUUACUACUACAAAAUCUACGUGUGAGGUGUGAAGUGUAACGUGACUAUCGCUGUAACUCGGUCUCCC